GAUGUUUUAUAGAUGACAGAUAUUUUUACCCACCAUAAUUCUAGAAAAACACAUCUUAGUAUUAUUUAACUUAUAAAGAAUAAAGCUGCUAUUUGGGUGACUGCUGUGAUGUUCUAGCCAUUGACUCUUUCUAGUGUAAGCUUUGCCAGGGGUUUGGGAAGAUGGAUGAUAAUGAAGAGACAAAAAGCUUAACUGCUCGCCAAAUGGAGGAUGAAUGUGCACGAAUGACUGCCUCUGAAGGCUUGGAGGAAGGAGAAGUUGAAGGGGAAACCUUACUAAUAGUUGAGUCAGAAGAUCAGGCUUCGGUAGAUCUGUCCCACGAUCACAGUGGAGAUUCUUUGAACAGUGAGUUAGGUGAUGAAGGGGAAGCAUCCUGGAUGGAAGAGAUGUCGUAUUACUGUGACAAAUGCCAGAAAUGGAUACCUGCAACUCAGCUAAGGGCAGAACAUCCUAGUUACUUGCGGGGUGAUAACUUCUUUCGAUUCACUUGUUCAGACUGUGCGGAAGACGGGAAGGACCACUUUGAGAGACUGAAGCUCACGUGGCAACAAGUUGUGAUGUUGGCCAUGUACAAUCUAUCAUUGGAAGGAACUGGUCGCCAAGGUUACUUUCGCUGGAAGGAAGAUAUUUGUGCUUUUAUUGACAAACACUGGGCUUUCUUAUUGGGAAGCAGGAAAAAGACUUCAACCUGGUGGAGCACUGUGGCAGGCUGCCUCUCUGUGGGAAGCCCCAUGUAUUUCCGAUCGGGUGCUCAGCAGUUUGGUGAACCAGGCUGGUGGAAACUGGUCCAUAACAAGCCUCCUGUCAUGAGGCCAGAAGGAGAGAGGCCAUCGAGCACAACACUGAAGGCAAGAGCUGUCAAGCCUCCUUUGGAUCCAAUUAUUACAGUGGAAGGACUUCGAAAACGAGUGAGUCGGAACCCUGUAGAAACAGCUAUGGAAUUAAAAGAGAAACGAUCCCGGACUCAGGAAGCUAAGGACAUUCGGCGUGCUCAAAAGGAAGCUGCUACAUUCAUUGACAGGAGCACGUCAUCAACCCCAGUAAAGUUCUGCAGCCGAACUCGUAGGUCAGAACUGAUCCUGGAAAAAGGAGAAGUAAUCGACUUUUCCUCCCUGAGCUCUUCAGAUCGGACUCCACUUACUAGCCCCUCUCCAUCCCCCUCACUGGAUUUUUCAGCUCCUGGUACCCCACUAUCUCAUUCAGCUACUCCUAGUCUCUUGUCUGAGGCAGACCUCAUUCCUGAUGUCAUGCCUCCCCAAGCACUGUUUCAUGAUGAUGAAGAGGGUGAUGUGGAUGGUGUUAUUGAUCCUGGAAUAGAAUAUGUGCCACCUCCCAAUGUGACCACUGGCACCAUGAUCAUAAGCAGGAAGAAAGUAAAGGCAGAUGAACAAAUCAAGUGUGAUGUGGAGGAGGAUGAGGAGAGAGCUGAGAAAAUGGAAGCUGAUAUUGAAGAACCCGAGGAUGCCAUUGAACUGUCUCAAUUUAGCGUUCGAGACAGAAAAAAAAUCCAGACGGAGAAAGUUGUAGAGGUGCCUGCUCCCAAGUGUAUUGCCCUCAGUAUGUAUGAUGAGAGACUUCUACUCCGAAGGCUAGAAGCUUGUCCCCAUGCAGUAGCCUUAAGUUUAGAGGCCAAGCGACUGCGCCGCAAACUGCUCGUGAGACAGGCCAAAAAGGAACGUGGUUUGCCCCUCUUUGACCUGGAUCAAGCUGUUGAAGCUGCAGUGUCAUUGGUUGGUGGGCAGUAUGGAGCAAAGGAAAGUGACCAUGCCCAGAUACCAAUGGAUGUUGGGACCUUUCGGACCACUAGUCAAGACUUCCGGAUUUUGGACCGGUACCAGAUGUCUUUCUCACACAUGAAAGGAUAUCAACAUCAAAAGACAAAGUUUAUACACCGACUGAUUGGAUCAGGAGACAUGUUAAUGAACCAAAGCAUAAUCAGCCCCUACACUUCGCGAGUCCUCAAACCAUAUAUCAGGCGUGACUUUGAAUGCAAUCCACUUAAACUACAACUACUGGCCGAAAUCCGGGCCUAUCCAAACCGGAAUGAUCCUACUUGGAAAGCAGAAGCUGAUGCCCCUGUUGAUUACUGCUACGUCUGCCCUAAUUUUAUUCCAACAAUAAACUCGAUGUGCCAUGAAUUCUUUUGGCCAGGCAUUGACUUGUCAGAGAGCCUACAGUACCCAGAUUUCAGUGUUGUUGUCCUCUACAAAAAAGUUAUUAUUGGCUUUGGCUUCAUGGUUCCUGAUGUGAAGUACAAUCAGGCAUAUAUUUCUUUCCUGCUGGUUCACCCAGAAUGGAGGAGAGCUGGGAUUGCAACUUUCAUGAUUUACCACCUCAUUCAGACUUGCAUGGGAAAGGAUGUGACUCUCCAUGUCUCAGCCAGUAACUCUGCUAUGCUGUUGUAUCAGAAGUUUGGGUUCAAGGCUGAAGAAUACAUCUUGGAUUUCUAUGACAAGUACCACCCCUUGGAUAGUAAGCAGUGCAAACAUGCAUUUCUGCUCAGAUUGCGAAGAUGAUCAUGUGAAAGCCAUUACAUUAAAGAAUUUAUUGAAAAGAUCUUGUGCUUUGAAGAGUUCAGCCCUAACCAUACCUCCUUUGAUGUGAACUUAUAAAACACAGACAAUGAAGCUAAAGCAAUGACCCCAUUAUGACUUUUGAUCAUCUUCUGAAAAAAAAUUAUGAUCUGUUUUGCAAAGCCAUUCUGGCACAAAUCAUUAGAAAUUUUACACAGAACUCACAGUUGGCCAGCAGCAAAUGAAGAAUUCCCGUUAAACCUGUGUAACAUGCUGCAAUAUCUAAAGCCAUCAGCAGAACAAAUAAAGGGAAAGAACACAAA